UUACUAUUCAACACCCCUUAUUUCUUCUACUACACCCAAAUAAUAAGCGGGAAAUAUUCGCGCUCUGAAAGUUCACCGUUCAAAAAGCUCGCCGUUCGCCGUUCACCGUUCAAACUCUAUCAUCUCCUUCGCCGUGCUCGUUUCAACCUCUCCGUUCACUCGCCACUCUUUGUUUCAACCAUAAUUAUCGUACGAAACAACCUCCUUCAGUGCUCUCAUUCUCGUUCGCCACCGUUAAUUUUCCGAAUUGAGAAUCAACCUCACCGGUUUCGCUCUUCAUCCGCCGUCUCCCCAAAAGGUAUAGGGAUUAGUAAAUCAAAAUAAAUAAAUAGGCGGGGUUAUUGUUCCCUUCACGCCAAAUAAUCUUCUAUCACCGGAAAUGGCAGUGGCAAUGGAAACGGAGGGAGAGAAUCAUCACAUAGUGAAAGCGUUGAACCUACUUCGAAGCAGAAUCUGUGACACCGGAUUCAUCUUCAAGGAUUCUUCAGAUGGAAACUACAGCAAACUGAAAUUCAUGAUAUCAAGUUCAGUGGCGGAGGCUUGCAACAAUUCUAUUCUUCUCCUCGGUCCACGUGGCUCCGGGAAGCUUGCGGUUUUGGAUCUUGUCAUUCAAGAUUUGUUACUUCAAUAUCCAGACUCCAUUUCAGUGGUCAGACUGAGUGGGCUUUUGCAUAGUGAUGACAUCUCUGCAUUCAAGGAAAUAGCUAGGCAGUUAUGCAUGGAGCAUCAAUUGCUAUUCUCGAAAGCGGCAUCAUUUGAUGACAAUUCCCAAUUUAUGGUAGCCGUGUUAAAGGAAUGCGGAUUAGCACAUAAAAGUGUAAUUUUUAUUUUGGAUGAGUUUGACCUCUUUGCUCAGGGUAAACAGCGGCUACUAUAUAGCUUGCUAGAUGCAAUGCAAUCUGUAUCAUCACAAGCUGUAGUAAUAGGAAUUAGUUGCCGCCUGGAUGCAGAUCAGCUAUUGGAGAAAAGAGUACGAUCUCGUUUUUCACACAGAAAGCUGUUGUUCUUACCACCUUCAAUAGAAAAUUCACAAAGAUUACUGGCGCAUAUGCUGACAUUACCAUUAGAGUCGGGCCUUCCAUAUGAUUACGCUGUUGAAUUUAAUAAAAGGGUUCAAAAUAUUAUAGAAGACAAAAAGUUCAAAGAAAUCUUCAAUAAAUAUUUGAAUUUUGACUCCUCUGUCAAACAUUUGUUGAGGUUCCUAUUCUACGCAGUCUCUCAUAUGGAUUUGCAGACUGGGUUUCUGUCCCGGGAAAACUUUGAAACAGCAUCUUCAAGCAUCCAGAGACAGCCCAAACUGGAAUGUUUAAGAAAUUGCUCCAUUUUAGAACUUUAUAUUUUGGUAUGCAUGAAGAGAUUGGAAGUUAAAGAGAAAAGUUUAUGUAACUUCAACGCAGUGAUGAAAGAGUAUAAAAGCGUUCAUGAUUCUUUCCAGACUUCUGAUUACUAUGCACGGAAUGUCUGUUUAAGGGCAUUUGAACAUCUUAUACAUCGUGAAUUAAUAUGUUUCUCAGACAAUAGAGGACAUAGUUUGUCUGUUGAAUUUCGUCCUGUAAAGCUCUUAAUUUCAUCUGGUGAGCUGUAUCAGGGAUUAAAGGCAUAUCAGUCAUGCCCCGCUAUCCUUCAAAAGUUAAUAGAUUCGUGAAGGAUAAACACCUGAAGACCAUAAUUGUUUGCUGCCUCACGCCGGUCAUUUACGAGGUGGUAUGAGACGAGCUUGUUCGUGAAGAAAGAGAUAUAUUUUGUUUAGUCAAUACCUUUCCUUGAUUAUAAGUUUAUAACUGAUGUACAUGGAAAUGAAAUUUGUGUUUGAGCACACAUAUUUAUGUAUUGAUGUACUCCCUUAUGUAUUAGUAAGUUAUGCCAUCAAAAUUGUUUAGGAAGCCAACAUACAAUCUUGCAUUCCAUUUAUCGGAAUCUGUAGUAUAGAGAAACAAAAUGGAGACAAGAAGCAAAAUUAAUAGAUCCAAUCGAAGAAAUUGAUCG